CCUGCCUCUCCCCCCCCCCCCCUCUCUAGUUAUCUGGUUUCUGCCCAUCUACUCAGCACGAUGAUAAACCCUGUGACUUUACUCAUGACUUUUGCCUGUGUAAGAGAGUUGUGUUUGGAGAACAACUCCUGCAGCCCUGAACAACCUGCAUUCACAAUUUGCAUCAUUAAGAAUUGUGGAGAAGCUGUAAUGCCAUGUGUGAAGAAGACAAUUCAAGAGGUCGUAAAAGAAGUGAAGAGAGAAGAUCCCUCAGCAUCUACUGAACUUCUGCAUCUUCAGGCUGCAGCUGCUGUGUUGGAAGACAUCCAGGCUGUUCUUCAUUGUUUCAAAAAGAUUGAUGAGAGUCUCAUCAACACCACAUUUUGUUUUAUCGAUGCUUUUCUGGGAGACCAUGACACGCCAACCUUCAUGUCCAGUGAUACAGGUUAUAUUUCAUGCUGGAUCAAAGAGACUUUAAGAGGAUUCAUCGGCUGCUUCGAUGGCUACGAUCUGAUGACUUUGCAGAGUCUCCAACAACAUUUUGCAGGCAGUCUCGAGAAUUCUAACUGUUUUCUGAAGAAGUUUCCUUCCUUGAGCGAGAAAUGCAUUCCAGAGUCCAUGCAGUUUUAUGGUAAAUUACCUCUAGGUAAACCGUCACUAGCUCAGUUACUGAGACUUGCUAACAGCAGGGAAGAAUUUGGUGACUGUAGCACCAUGUGGCUCGACACCUGGAACGAAUGCACGCAUGAGUCCUGGGAUCUUCCUGGUGCCAACAGAACCCUCCCAACCGUGGCGAAAGAUGUGUACGUCUGUGGCAUUCAUGAGAUGAUCGCAGCAACUGCAAAGUGUUGAUUAUAACGAGGAUGUGACCUUUCUAUGACCCAAUUAGAAAGUAGAUCAUCAUCAAUAUCUACUGAUCGUGUGGGGUGUUGGGUUAUUGGGCUGUGGUUUAAACAUUUAAUCGUCUUUAUCUGGGCUGAGUUUUGAUUUUUGUCUUCUGUUUGCUGUAUAUUUGUAAACGAGGACUCGUCCUCAGUGUGUCCUGAGGUUUAAAUAAAUAAAAUAAAAUCACUGAC